CCCCCCCCGUCGCCACGCCCCUCCGCUCGCCCCCGUCAGCCCACGUGUACAUCGACGACAUGCGAAUCCUCGAGUACCUGAUCCAGGAGGACUUCAAGGCCCGGCGCAGCGAGGGCAAGGAGGACCAGUGCCACUUCUACGCGACGCCCCUCGACAAAGACAAGGACUUCAUCUUCUGGUACGGCUACGCCUUCAGGAAGAACAGCGAGUACAGGGAGCUCUUCGAUGGCUUUUUCCGUCGCCUCUCCUACUUCGGCAUCCUCAACUUCCUGCACGACAACGCGACCGCCAGCACGCCGGUUUGCACGCAGGACAACGGCGCCGACGACCGCUCGCUCAGGAACAACGACCUCUUCACCACCUACGUUGUCGGGCUCGUGGGCACGCUGGCGGCGAUCGUGGCUUUUGUGUGCGAGGUUAUGUGUCGACGGUCGAAAAGGAAGAAUUUGCCGAACGGAAUGAAGAACUUCACGUCGAACCUGACUUCGCAGUUCCGGCCCAUCCCCACCAUCACCCACACCCCGCCCAACCACGGGACGCCCGUCGUGGGCUGGAGCGACGGCGCUCAUCUCCCUCCCUUUCCCUCCAGACGUCCGCGGACGCCCUUCGAAGUCCGCUACCCCGACUACGCCAACGCCCCCACCUCCCACCGGACGGAAAACAUGUUCAGGGGCGGCCGGGGCACGCCGGGCGUGAUCCAAGGUAAAAUUAACGAAAUUGACGCCGUGUGGGAUCGAAGGACCAAUCAGCUGAUCCUCAGAGACCCUUCAGGUCUGAGCAAGAGCAUGGCUGUGAUUGGGGGCGUUCCUUAUACCUUCCUUCAAUACGUAGAUCACGAGGGGCCCAAAGUGCAGAAGCUGAUCUUGAGAGAUCUUGUGUAACAGGCUGUGUGUGUGUGUGUGUGUGUGUGUGUGUGUGUGUGUGUGUGUGUGUGUGUGUGUGUGUGUGUGUGUGUGUGUGUGUGUGUGUGUUUGUGUGUGUGUGUGUGUGAGGAAGUAUAGAUGUGUUACUGUGUUUUGUUCACAACAAGGAGCACAUAUCCUUUACGAGUAAAAGCGUGGGUAUAAACAAUGAGAUAUGAUAUAGUGUACUGCAAAGACACACUUCGAUUUUGGUUGCCAUUGCGCAUGUUAGAUUGCUUGCACAGGGCACUGAUGAAAUCAAGAGUGACACUAGAGCGUACAGAGUACCGUGCCGCCUUCGAUGCCAUCCCUUCACGCCAUAGUUUGCAUGUGCAUUGCAUGAGCCUUGCCUCCCGCCCUUGGGAGAGCCUUACUGAGCGGGUGACGUCCUUGGUCCACAGCCUAGGGCCGGGUGAUGGCGUGAGGGACGACGGCUGACCGCGGCUGGCCUCGGCUGACCUCACCGGAAGCCUCUGACCCCAAGAACCAGGCUAAGGGUCCGUCCCGCCGUCGGUUGGAUUCGAACGACGGGUUGGAACACAACGCUCAAAUGCGGCAAAGAAUAUGUGAAGGAUAUGCGAACAUGUCUAGUGCAGUGGCAUGUGGGCGAAAGUGACAGUAACAGCACAUGUAGAACCAUUCCGACACGUAUUUGUUAGCUGUAAAAUAUAGAAAAGUGCAAUGUACAAAUCCCUCUUAUCCCUUCUCGUCCUCGCUUUCUCUCUUUUUCGUUUUCACCUCCUAACUUUGUGUAAGAAAGUACUCCUUUGGGCAUAAUACUGUUACAAGGAGGUGACUGAAGUGCAUACGUGAAUUAUUAAAACCAGAGAUUUCAGCCCACCUACACUCCUCACACCGUCAACUCUUCCCUUGUAACAAGGCAAAAUGAUUAUGGAAUCGAUAUUAAGAUACAAACCUCUUUUUUCUCUUCCCUUCCAGACCUGUCAUUAGUGAAAGUUUAAUUUAGUACAAUAGUGCAUAUUGUUCACAAAUGAAUGGUACUUGUCCCUCAACACAGCUCGAGCCCCUGUUUUCAACUCCAGGAUCAAUUUUAGAGUUUAAGUACUUCUAGUGUAGAACACUCGGUACAAAUAGCGGUGAUAGAUCUGAGUGUAUACCAUAAGACCCCAGUGUACCUGCAGAGCACAUCCCAAGAUCACAUUCGUAGUCUUGUAGCUUCGUAUCCCUCGUGUAGAUGUCUUAGGCUCGAAUACGACAGAGAAUGUGUGUAGUCGUUCAGAUACGCAGUGAAUAAUAAGUGAAAG